CAGAAAGUAAAAGAGCAUGGCAAUGAUGAAGGAGAUUCUCCGAUCCAGAAAUCUCUUGCUUGUUGUUCUCAUUCCACUUCUGCUGCUUCCUCUGCCACUCUUAUACCCCAGCAGCGAAGCCUCAUGUGCCUACGUGCUGAUCGUGACGGCUGUAUACUGGGUCUCUGAAGCUGUACCUCUUGGUGCAGCAGCCUUAGUUCCUGCUUUCCUAUACCCACUUUUUGGAGUCAUGAAGUCCAGUGAGGUGGCUGCCGAAUAUUUCAAGAACACAACUUUGCUCCUCAUGGGCGUGAUUUGUGUGGCAGCUUCUGUAGAAAAGUGGAAUCUCCACAAGCGAAUCGCCCUGCGCAUGGUCAUGAUGGCUGGAGCAAAGCCAGGCAUGUUGCUUCUUUGCUUUAUGUGUUGCACCACGGUGCUCUCCAUGUGGCUUUCCAACACAUCCACCACAGCCAUGGUGAUGCCAAUCGUGGAGGCAGUGCUCCAGGAGCUAGUGAAUGCUGAGGAGGAGCACGAGGUCAUCAGUACUGCAGGCAGCACCAUUAUUGAAGAAAACGAGCCAAUAGGUCUCAGUGAAAAGCAUGGCCAACCUUCACUGGAGCUUAUCUUCAUCAAUGAGGAUGCUACUACUACUGACUUCAGCUCCUUGAUGCACUCAAAGAGUAUGAAUGGUGUGCACAUGAUAGCCAAUCCUAUUGGAACAAUGAAUUCUAAGAGCAAUGGGCAGCACCUACCUCAGGCUCAGAUACUGGUCCUGCCUCCUAAGCCCUCAGAACUGGAUCCGAGCACUAAGUACCGGUAUCAGACCAGACAUGACCACAUGGUCUGUAAAUGCCUCUCACUGAGCAUCUCCUACGCGGCAACCAUUGGAGGACUGACAACUAUCAUAGGGACCUCCACUAGCCUCAUAUUCUUAGAGCACUUCAACAACCACUACCCAAAUGCUGAAGUGGUGAAUUUUGGAACCUGGUUUUUGUUCAGUUUCCCCAUCUCCCUCAUCAUGUUGGUCCUGACUUGGUUCUGGAUGCAUUGGCUGUUCUUGGGUUGCAAUUUUAGAGAGACCUGUUCUGUGAGCAAGAAGAAGAAGACCAAACGGGAAGAAAUGUCAGAGAGAAGAAUUCAAGAAGAAUAUAAGAAAUUGGGAAAUGUUAGCUAUCCUGAGAUGGUGACUGGAUUUUUCUUCAUUCUGAUGACCUUGCUUUGGUUUACUCGAGAGCCUGGCUUUGUACCAGGGUGGUCAUCUUUUUUUGAGAAGAAAGGUUACCGGACUGAUGCCACUGUCUCUGUAUUUCUUGGUUUUCUCCUUUUCCUGAUUCCAGCAAAAAAGCCAUGUUUCGGAAAAAGAGAAAAAGGAGAUGGUGAAAAGUCAACAGAUGUUAACACACUGGAUCCCAUCAUUACCUGGAAGGACUUCCAGAAGACCAUGCCCUGGGAGAUUGUAGUGUUGGUUGGAGGAGGUUAUGCCUUAGCAGCUGGGUGCAAGACCUCUGGCCUCUCUACAUGGAUUGGACGCCAAAUGCUCUCCCUGAGCAGCCUUCCCUACUGGGCUGUAACUCUGCUGGCUUGCAUUUUGGUGUCCCUGGUAACAGAGUUUGUUAGUAAUCCAGCAACCAUAACCAUCUUUCUGCCUAUUUUAUGCAGCAUGUCAGAAACCCUGCUUAUCAACCCUUUAUACACCCUGAUUCCUGUCACCAUGUGUAUCUCAUUUGCGGUGAUGCUGCCAGUGGGUAAUCCUCCAAAUGCCAUUGUCUUCAGUUAUGGGCACUGCCAGAUUAAAGAUAUGGUGAAGGCUGGCCUGGGUGUAAAUCUGAUUGGCCUGGCUGUUGUCAUGGUGGCAAUCAACACUUGGGGAAUUAGACUCUUCCAGCUGAAUAGUUUUCCAGAAUGGGCAGUGGUCAGCAACGUCACUAGCCAAACAUAAUCUCCAAUGAAAAAAAAAAAGAAAAAAAAAGAAAAAAGUGCAAGACCAAAGCAAGUUGGGAGAAAAUAUUAAACAUACAUUGCACAUACAAAAGAAAGGAAAAAACUUGUGCAUACAUAGAACCAGGAUGAUAGCAAAACCAUGAAGAAAAUCUACAGGGAGAUCUUCUGCGUAAGCUUUUCAGUUCUGAAAAGCAGUGUGAGUUAAAAGGAGAGAUUAGCUUUGCUCCUCUAUUGCUGCUUUCACUGUGAUACCAUAACUCUGAAAAACCCCUCUCCUCCAAAUUCUCUGCCUGUGGGUUUUUCAUGCCCUAGAACAAUUACGUAGGACUUGUAAAACAGGGGAUGUAGGACUCCAAUGACAGAAGACAAGUAUACAUACACUGGUGUACUCAGUAGUAGGAUAUUCAGUCCUACCAUUGACUCCUACAGUGAAUGAAGGGUGAGUCAUUCCCAAACCCACAGAUUUAUAAGCCUACUCCUUUUAAAGGCAAAUUAGUAUUCUUCUUUUGAGAUGACUCACCACUGUGUUGGAAAAAAACACUUUCCCACCUAACCCAUAUGGCCUGGACAUAAAUACAGCUACCAACUACCAGCUACAGCACUUCAAAGGGAUAAUAGAAACCACCAAACAGAUAGGAAGAAGUUUCCUCAGAAGGAGAAUGGUUUUUUUCCACAGCACUAGUAUAAAGUUUCCAAUAUUGCAGUACUUGCAAUCUCUGCUUUGGAAGGAAGAGCUUCAGAAACAGAUAGAAAGUUUUGUUCAGUACCUUCUUUCCUUAUCAUUGUACUGCAGUGGGAGCUUUUUCAGCAGGGGAAGCUGUGACCAGCAAAACCUUACCAGGCCAACAGAUCCAUUGCUCUCCUCUCUCUUCGGCUGCUGUUUAGAUAGUUACGCAGUUAUGAUUUCCCUGACAGAGAAAGUACAAUCUAAUCCAAGAUGGUACUCAGUGCUGCUCCAUGAGUAAGAAGGGAGAGGGCUGAAGCGGAGUGGUGCUGGUGUAUCUCCUCAUCGUCCACAUUCACUUGAACAUCACACUCACCUGCUCUCUAGCAGCCCAGAGAACAGGAACUUCAAAUGUAGGAAACCGUGACACAGAGCAGAUAACUACCAAACCAAAAGGCCAAUCUCUUUAUCACCUGCAAAGUGAAUGCCCUGCUUUUCUGACUGGAUCCCUGUGAUACUGGGUAAACCUUCUCUUGUAUUAUGUCCUGUUUUUAAUAAUUUCUUUA